UUUUAAUGCAAUAUUGAUGAUAAUACAGUUUAAUUUGUGAUAAUAUUAUGAGAUAAAUAAGUGAAAAGUAACUCGAUACCCUAAAAAAUGGCAGUUCAAAAUAUUGCAGUAAAGCUUUGCGGGGUGCUACAGUCAAAGGAUGAAGGAGAGGUUACAGCACGAGAAUGGCGCUUAGUGGGCCAGGAGCAAGAUGGGUCACAGUUGUUAACCUGGAUAUCAACAAAAAAUGGCCAUGAUGUGAUGAAUGUUGGUGUUUACAAAAAUAAAACUAAAACAUUAGAUAUUUUAAACACAUUUGAUGAAAAACUUAAUAUUAUCCAAGCAUCUGUUAACUCAAGUCACAGCUUACUAGUCUAUGUGGUUAAAGUAGUACCAUCUGAAGAUGGUGCAGACAAAGAGGCCAUAUAUUGCCCAUUUCUGAUAUCCUUGUUACCUGAUAAAGUUAAUAUGCCAGAAGAGGUUGAGGAAGGAUCCACAAAACAGAUCAUGUUACAGUUUGUCUAUGGCAAGAGUAAUAAGUACAGUCCAGGCAUAAGGAAUGACCGUUUUCUGCUUUUCAAGCAUUUGGAAUGCAUUAAAAUAUAUCGUUCACCGCUGUUCCUCAACGAAUGUGAGGAUGGCACGGAGAAGUGGGGCUUCGAUGGCAUAUAUCCUCAACCUGAGACUAUUGUAAACAUCUUCUCUUGGGCACAGUGGGACUGUGUUAAUCAGGUUCUUUUCUAUAUCCACUACCGCUCACCGACGCAGAGCUUCGCCGAGGGUGAAGAGGUCAAGUCGCCUUCUGAGCUGACGCCCACGCUCUCAGCGUUGCAAUUCCACGCGGACCUGCCUCACGAAACGGUGUUAAAUAUUCCCCUUAGUCUACCGCAUGUACCAGGAGCGCAUGGCGCCGCAGCAGCUUGCGGUUCGUACGAAGACGAUCCCAUACCGCUCCGUGUACACGACUGUAGCCUUGACUUGUACAUAGUGUGCGAUCAGCGUGGUAUGCUGUGUGUCUGUCACCACUAUUUGUAUAAGCCUCUCGAUGACUCCACCAGUUCUCUGGUGUUAGAUGACGUAGACCUGAAGGAUUCCGGCGUGAACUUUGCAUACUCAGUGACGCUUUUGCAUCACGGUUGCGUGGUGCACAGCGUAGUGCCCGACCUGCCGUGGUCGCUCGCCAAGUCUUUGCGACCUUCUUACACCCUUUACAAUGACAACCAUCUUCUCGUCAACAUACCGAUGUUAUUCACCCACAUUUUGGACAUCAGUCCCCAGCACGAGCCGUGCUGCCACAUCGUUAUCCCCAUGGACCCCAGCGACAGUGGCCCCAGCCUGGCCCCACUGCACGGCUGGGGACCGCACACUAUGGUCGACCUUAACACCUUAGACGUGGUGACUAUGGGCGUCUCGGAAAAAGACCUCACGUCGACGUUCAAAAGCGACACGGUGAUCGAAAAUAAACUAGCCAUAAUGCAUUAUGUGAUACAGCAUGAAGGGAACAUGGAUUUGGCCGAGGAGCUGAUCUCGUGGCUCUGUUUAAACCAACACGACGGUCUGGGCGGCCUGCAACGGGUGAUGCAAGAGUACCUGAUCGGCACCACGUACGCGGUCACCCGCCGCUCUCUGCCCGCCUCCGCAGUGGGCCUGAUGAACUGGCUGCCGUUCACGUUACACUUGAAGUUUGCUGACGUCAAGGCCGGUAGCGCGACCGUGUGCGUGUCAGUGAGUGCGUUGUGGCGCGGCGCGGCGGCGGCGGUGGUGUUGGCGCCGAGACAGCGCGUGGCCCAGUUCGCCGAGGACGCGUGGACGCGGCUGUGGAUCGCCCUAUGCGCCCUCGCCAUACCCAAGAACAGGCUGCGGCCCGACCACGUGCGGGACAGGCUUGCUGUCACGCUGCACUGCUACCAGCCGGAAGCUCUAUCCCGCUGCAGUACGCCGAUGUCCCCCACCGGGCCACCAAUCCCCGCGCGGAGGCCGUCUCUCGUGGCGCAGGACUCACUGCCCUUCAUGGAGCUGGACGUCUGUACCACCAGCAAACAGGAGCAUGUUAUUGCCGCGAACCUCCGUGCGGUGAGCGUCCACCUGAUGACAGAGAGUAGCAACUGUAACUCUGGCGCGUUGGAGAGCGGGGUCCACGCACUGGCCACACGGUGGGCCGCGGCCCAGCUGGAUGCGGCCCGCGCGCUGUGCCGGGCCGUAGUACGCGCCGUCGGGGCCGUACCACAGCCGCACCAGACGCGCGGCUUUCCGUUCAUCGAUGAGAUGGAAAGCACGCACGCGUUGAUCCUUCUCAAGACACUGGAACAGUACUACGUGGCGACGGACUCCAUUGCGUUCCCGUUGCCGCAGGGCUUCAGUUCGUUCUUCACGUACCUCGGGUACCGCACGCUGCCCUUCCACGCGUUCGCGCAGUACGUGCACCGGAACGUGUUCGAGCUGCAGAUCGACGUGCUCAAGGCCAUCAUAGCUAGCAAAGAUGACGACAAGAAACGCUCCGUGAACAACAAGCUGCGCCUCAUACAAAUCGUGGGCGAGGCGCGCGGACGGCGCGCGCUGGCGGCGUGGCCCAGCCGCGCCGCGCUCGUGUUGCGUGCGCGCGAUCACGCCGCCGCGCUGCUAAGCGGUGUCACCGCGCCCACGCGCGACCACGCGCCGCACCGCCCCGUCAAGGACACCGGUAUAGCAGCAUUGCCUUCAGGUGAACGCCUGUCUCCUCUUGACACGUUCCUGGAUUUGUUGACCGCGAAGGCAAGCCUCAACGAGCUGGACUUUAAUCUCAUCAUAGAAGCCACCCUGGCCUCAGUACAGCAAGAGACCAAUGCGUAACUUAUUGCAAUCAUUAUUACCAACUAAGUUUAUUUAUUAAUUUAUUUAGUAUGUCUUGUAUUUUAAAGAUGUUUUUGAGGCGAAAAAAAGUGAUAAAAAUAUGUAACACGUCAAGUUAACUUACUAUAUAUAGUUGGGAAACGACAAGUUCAGCCGAUCGUCCAUUGUAUAGUUUCUAAUGCCCGUUCGACUUCAAAGUGAAGGCAUGCGUAAAGGCAUUUUUAACAAGACUUUAAAUAUUCUUUUACGAAAUAUUCACCAUGGCUCGUUCACUUCGGGCCUCUAAUGGGAUUUACAGGUUACUGAGCGCCUGAUUUAGAUAUUACAAUGUACGGUCAACAACUCAGUGCAAUAUUUCAGUAAAAAUUUAACACCUCACUACUAAACAAAUAUAAAGUUUUUUUUUUUUUAAUUCUGAUAAUUGUAUACAUACUGUACUUUUCUAUAUUCUGGCACCUUCUGACUUUUGAGAAAAGCACAAAAAAAUUUCUUACGAUAUUCGUUAGGUCCCAAUUAUUAUUAUAUAAGAAUCUUGAGCUGAAACCAUAGUCGUUCUAAGCUAAUAGACAGUUUUAUUUUCUUGAAUCGCUGUACCGAUUUUGGUGUAUCAUUUGCAUUCCAUUACUGUGUUUUCAUUUUUGUAAUAUUAAAAAUUAGAACAUAGGUACUACAGUACAAGUUAAUAUUAAGAGUUUUACAGAUGGUUAAGACAUUCCAUUUUAUGUGCAAUCUUAGUGCAAUAAACAUGUAGGAAGAAAAUAAAACACUCUCAUA